AAGGCGGCGUGAAGGCAGAGCGAGUGUCAAACAUGGCCGACGUGCAGGACGAGGACCAGUGGCUCUACGGCGACGAGAAGGACGAGUCCAAAGAGGAUGGCGAAAUAAACGAGAGAACAGGGGAGGAGGCGGAUAGAGCGGGACAGGAAAAUGAUCAGGAGAAGGAAACCCCAAUGGAAGAGGGAGGAGGGAAGGAUGGUGAGGAGAAGGAUGGAGAAGACAAAGAUGGGGAUAAAGACAAAGAAGGUGACAAGGAAGAUGGUGAGAAAGGAGAUGAUGAUGACAGUAGUGACGAUGAUGACUUGACAGUGACCAUUGGUACGAUCAAGACCCAGCCAGACAUUAUUCAGGCGGCUCCACAUGGUGCGAGGUUCCAGCCUAAGGCUGCGCCAACCACAGGUCUAAAGGAUGAGGAUUUCACAUCGCCUGGGAAAGUGAAUGGUGUUCCAGUGACAGAAUUUAACCUUGACGACUUGGAAGAUAAACCUUGGAGAAAGCCUGGUGCUGACAUUUCGGAUUACUUCAACUACGGCUUCAAUGAAGAGACAUGGUUCAAAUACUGCGAGAGACAGAAGAGGAUGCGAAUUCAGGAAUCAGGUGCUGGCUUGACGGGUCUCGGCAUCAGUGUGACUAAGCCUUUUGGUAACACUCCCAGCAGUAUCCCAGUAGCCAUUGUAAAUGAUAACAGCAAAUAUGGAGGUUCGGGCUCCCAACGGCCGAAGGCAGGCCCACCUCCACGCAACAAAGGCAUGGGCCAGAUUGACGUCAUUGGGGGUGCUUCAAACCCUAAGACCAGCACGAUACAGGUCAUGACGGCUGAUAGACGAGAAUACUCCAACAAGGUAAUGAUGAAUGGGCCUCCUCCACCUUUGCCUCCGUCACAGCCAGGAUAUAACGAUAUGGAAUUUGGAGGUAACCCGUAUGGUGACACCUACUAUGGCAACGAGGGCAACAACUUCUACGGAGGUGGUUCCUAUGACAACCCCUCUGGGUGGGGCUCAGGGGGACAGCCUCCCAUGGGCAACCAGGGCAACUGGGAAGGCCAAGGGGGAGGAGGAGGAGCACCGCCAAAUGUGCUGCCGGUGUCAGGCGGUGGAGGGUACUUCGAUGAGGACUCUGUAGGGGCGCCUCCCCCAUCCGCAGAACCCGAGGAGGAGAGACACCGAUCCCGAAGAAGCCACAGAUCACGCAGCCGUUCCCCAAGUCGACACAGACACUCGAGCAGACACCCAAGAUCGCGUUCCAGAUCACCUUCCCAUAGACACAAGAGAAAGAAGUCAAAGAGAGAACGCGACACCGAUUAGAAAGAAGGAAAUAUUUGUGUCUAGUACAAACAGCUAACGUCUGUCGCAUUCUCGGGUCUAUAUUUAUAUGGCAUCCUGUAUCCAUGCAUUGUUGGAAUACAUGCAUAGAUAAGAAAUGAUUUUUUUUUUUUUUUUUUUUUCCCCCCCACCCUUUUUUAACUUAAUGUUGGUUAGGAAAUGGACUGUAACUAGAAAUAUUAUGAAUAAUAGCAUACCUUUGAUUACAUUAACUACACAUGCGUUAUAUAAGCCUUUAAUUUUGUGAAAAUAGAAAUCAUACAUUUUCAAGCUAAAUUGUUUCAUUAUCCAAUUUAUAUUGAUAAAAGUAAUUCAUUUAUGCAGAUACAAUACAAUAAUGAUAGUAUUUAGAAUACUACAACUAUGGCAACAGAAUGAUGUCAAUAAACAUAGAAAGUCUUGGCCUUAGAAACUGUCUUCAAUAAGCAGAGGCAGGUUCUUCAUAUUUUAAUGAUGGGAGUGAUUGCAUAUUUCUCGCAAAAUGCACUUUGGAGAUAAAAAGUUGUUGAUUGUAGAAGUAAGGAAAACAUAAUUUCACUGUUAAGGUUUAGGCAAUGUGGAUCUGCACUCUCUAGUUCUGCAGUGUAAAAUAAUGGUACUAACUAAUUAUCAUAGGCAGUUUUUCCCUCGUGAAACACUGAUUAAAGUUGCAUGAAGAGUAUAUACUUUUUUAGCACUAAGUGACUUUGGUUUAUGUAAAUAUCAUGGAUGGAAAAAUGAUUUUUUUUAGAAGUCCCUCUUUUUGGGCAAAGAGAGUGAAAUCAAUAUUACAAUAUCACUGAGUUUCUUAUGACUUACGCCUUUCCUUUUACACUUUUACUUGGUUAUUAAGAAAGUAGGAACAUGUAAGGAAGAAGCUAUAUAGGUUAUGAAAGACAAAUGAUUUUGAUAAAUAGUGAAUUGCUAAAGAAAGGAUUGUUUUGUUUCAAUAGUGGAGUAGUUUAGAAUAACACCAUUAUUUGGAAAAAUGUAGCAGUAUGAGAAUUCAUUUUAAGAGUGUAGUUAAUAAGACUGUGUUCAUUGUUGUGCACUGCAUUUUGCAUUUAAAAGAUGAAGUAUGACCUAUAAGUAAAAAGAAAAAAGCCAAUUUGUCGUUAAGUUAAACUUGAAUAACAUAGUUUCUUUUGGCAUAUAAUCUUGAAAGACAGACCAAUUUUUGAUUGAAAAGUGCAAAAUGAUAAAAAUAGUAAACAUUUUGUUCUUAUGUACUGCUUUAAUUCAGUAAACUUGGAGUGAAUUACACAGUUUUUGUAAUUACUUGUUUUUGUGCUUUUGGAGGAAUCAGUUUACUCUCCCAGUUCUUAUAUAGAUUUAAGAUGGUCUUUUGAAUGAAAAUCUCAAUUAAUGGGAGAUGGAUUAUUAUGACCUUGUACAAGAGACACGUUUCAAAAGUGUUUAAGAAAUUUAGAUCAUGUACUGACAUCAGACAGCAGUCAUACAUAUUUUUACUAUGAAAAAUAAUACAGUUACAGGUCCCAAUAAACAUGAUUGAUUAGCCAAUGAUAAAGGGAGAUACAAAUGUAAAAAUAUGGUGUUUCCGUGCAAAAGGUUCGAGUAGGAAGGUUCUGUACAUUGAUAAAGUUAUUAUUUCAAAUGUGCUACGCCUUUGGAUGGUGAUAUCAUGCCAAUCUAGAGGUGUUCUACUUUUUAUGUUGAAGUUCACAAAAAGAGUUGAAGAAUUGCUUGUAACAAUUUCAUGUUUUUCCUCUUGUUUACUGACAUAGUAAUAUUGCCUCUCCA